UCUCUGUUCUCUAAUUUUAAACUAAUAACUUUGUUUGUUAGCAUUUUCACGAGAAAUGAAAUUGAAGAAAUUCGUCAUACUACAUUUUGGAACGUAAUCACAAACGCAACUGAUAUAUUACCCGAUGCAAUACAGAAGCAAGUAUUUGUGUGGUAUGAAGGUGACCCAUGUCCACAACCUUUUCAAUUAAAUUCGACGGUGCUUGAGCCAUGUGUUCCCUUACAACGUUACGAUUAUUUCGAGGGUAGUGAAUUCGUUUAUAUCUACGUUUGCAUCUUCUUGGGAUUCGUACCGAUUCUAUGCGCCGCCGCAGGAUAUGGGCUAGUAAAGUUGCAGAACAGAAGACGACGAAGAUUGAAGAUACUUCAAGAGGCUAUACAAAAACGAAGUGAUGGUCGUAUUUGCGUUGAUAAGAUGAUUGUACGUGAAUGGCUGCACGCAAACCAUCGUCGUCUCGUAAAAGUAAAAUUCGGGCCAGAAGCAGCAUUGCACAUUGUCGAUCGAAAAGGGGAAAAACUGCGUACAUUCGAUUUCAGCGACGUCAAUACUAUAACUAUGGAGGAAUCACAGGAGAGCGAAAGCGGACAUCGUAAGGCUCUAGUGCUGUUACGCAUACCGCGCGAUUAUGACCUCGUCCUUGAACUCGAUUCGCUGGCUUCACGUAGAAAGUUUAUUGCGAAAUUGGAAACGUUCUUGGCGUCACAAAAAAAGUACUUCACACUUACUCAAAUCGCACGGGACAUUAUGUUGGCAAAAGCGGAAACUAAAGAACGCCGACAAAAAAAACUGGAGCAGUUUUUCAGAGAAGCGUACGCUUUGACUUUCGGCUUACGACCUGGUGAACGAAGACGGCGAUCAGAAGAUAAUGAUACUGGUGAGGUCGUUACAGUAAUGCGUACGUCUCUUUCUAAGAGUGAAUUCGCGAGUGCUCUCGGCAUGAGGCCUGAUGCAGUUUUUGUAAAGAAAAUGUUUAACAUUGUUGAUAAAGAUGGCGACGGCAGAAUUUCUUUCCAGGAAUUCUUAGAUACGGUCUUGUUAUUUUCUCGUGGCAAAACCGAGGAUAAAUUGCGUAUCAUCUUUGAUAUGUGCGAUAAAGAUAGCAAUGGUGUGAUAGAUAAGGAAGAAUUGUCAGAAAUGUUAAGGUCGCUAGUGGAAAUAGCACGUACCACGAGUCUCUCAGAUGAUCAUGUUACAGAACUGAUUGAUGGCAUGUUCCAAGAUGCCGGACUCGAGAGGAAGGACUAUUUGACGUACAGUGACUUCAAGUUGAUGAUGAAAGAGUACAAAGGAGAUUUCGUCGCUAUUGGUCUCGAUUGUAAAGGUGCUAAACAAAAUUUCCUCGACACAUCAACAAAUGUUGCGCGUAUGACUAGUUUUCAUAUCGAUCAACUUCCACCGGAAGAUUCCAAAAGUUGGACGCGUAAACAAUGGGACGCUAUAUCAACUUUUCUCGAAGAGAAUAGGCAAAAUAUAUUUUAUCUCUUCAUGUUCUAUGUGGUUACCAUAGGUCUUUUCAUCGAAAGGUUUAUUCAUUACUCUUUCAUGGCGGAACAUACGGAUCUGAGACACAUAAUGGGUGUAGGAAUUGCUAUCACCAGAGGAUCUGCAGCUGCAUUAUCGUUUUGCUACAGUCUUUUAUUGUUAACGAUGUCGCGUAAUUUGUUGACAAAACUCAAAGAAUUUUCAAUUCAGCAAUACAUCCCGCUAGAUACGCACAUACAAUUUCACAAAAUUGCAGCAUGUACAGCACUUUUUUUCUCUGUGCUGCAUACAGUUGGUCAUAUAGUCAAUUUUUAUCACGUUUCUACACAACCGAUAGCACAUCUUCGUUGCCUUACUAGUGAAAUCAGCUUCCCUAGUGAUGCACGACCCACUAUUUCUUACUGGCUAUUUAGAACAGUAACAGGUUUAACUGGUAUACUUCUUUUCGUUGUCAUGACGAUUAUUUUUGUCUUCGCGCAUCCGACUAUACGACAGAAAGCUUAUAAAUUCUUUUGGUCGACGCACAGUCUCUAUAUGCUUCUGUAUACAUUGUGCUUAAUUCAUGGUUUGGCACGUAUAACAGGUUCCCCACGAUUUUGGAUAUUUUUCACCGGCCCAGCAAUUAUUUACGCGCUAGAUAAAGUCGUAAGUCUACGAACUAAAUAUAUGGCUUUAGAUAUUAUCGAAACCGAAUUAUUACCUUCGGACGUACUAAAAAUCAAAUUCUACAGACCUCCGAACUUAAAAUAUUUAUCAGGUCAAUGGGUACGUCUUGCCUGCACUGUCUUCAGAUCGAACGAGUUUCAUUCUUUUACAUUAACUUCAGCACCGCAUGAAAAUUUCCUGUCGUGUCACAUCAAAGCUCAGGGUCCGUGGACAUGGAAACUGCGAAAUUAUUUCGAUCCUUGCAAUUAUAGUCCAGAAGACCAACAUCCGAAAAUACGUAUAGAGGGUCCAUUUGGCGGAGGAAAUCAAGAUUGGUAUAAAUUUGAAGUUGCAGUAAUGGUCGGUGGAGGUAUUGGAGUUACUCCUUAUGCUUCUAUGCUCAAUGACCUCGUGUUUGGAACAUCUACCAACAGAUAUUCUGGAGUCGCUUGUAAAAAGGUCUAUUUUCUAUGGAUCUGUCCGUCGCACAAGCAUUUCGAAUGGUUUAUUGAUGUCCUCCGAGAUGUUGAGAGAAAAGACGUUACAGAUGUUCUUGAAAUUCACAUAUUUAUUACGCAAUUCUUUCACAAAUUUGAUUUACGUACUACCAUGUUGUACAUAUGUGAAAAUCACUUUCAGAGGCUAUCGAAGAAAAGUAUAUUUACUGGACUCAAAGCUAUUAAUCAUUUUGGUCGGCCAGAUAUGACAUCGUUCCUGAAGUUUGUCCAAAAAAAACACAGCUAUGUUAGCAAAAUAGGAGUAUUCAGCUGUGGGCCACGUCCUUUAACAAAGAGUGUUAUGUCAGCUUGUGAUGAAGUCAACAAGGGCAGGCGCUUACCGUAUUUCAUCCAUCACUUUGAAAACUUUGGCUAAUCGAACAAGCUGCUCUUUUUUAUAAGAAAUUGUGAAAGUGAUCCAUAAUAAUUUGUAGACAAUUUCGAUGAUUUAUUAUAAAAUGUACAUA